UCGACUAAUCCCAUCGAAAGCCCAAAGACGCGCGGCCUUCCAUCUCACCUACUCGUCUACGUCGGUAACGCGACGGGACUGAGUAGCGCAUGCGAUCAUGAGGACGGACUUCUUCCAUCGCUUACCGCCGCCAACGGCCCUUUUUCUUCUCACCAGCCUUCUCGACAGCACAGCAGAUGCUCAUGUCGCCCUUCCGCCACUGCCAACCGUCACCGUUGCGCACUACGCUCUCGAUGUCGUUUCGUGGCCACUCCUCCUCCCCACAGCCGCCCCGCUAGACCCCUUCGAUCUCGCGCGAAGGCAAGCUGGAAAUACCAUCUGUGGCUACAUAGGAGGGCUGUCAGCGCUUCCAGCGACAUGUAGCGCAGGAUCGCAUUGCGUCUUGGACACCGCGCACCAGGUGGUUGGUUGUUGUCCGGAUGGGGCUGCCACAUGUACGUCCGGUGUGUUCACGGCGUGUGUGGACGGCAACAGCGGGCCUCAGUCGGAGGUGGACCCCUACGUAUUCACAUGUACUGGAGCCCAGGUGUGUUACAAGAACUUGUACGAGGGAGGAGCUUCGCAGUUCGGAUGUGGUACGGCUGCCGACCAGGCGACGAGUGUUUUCACUACCGCGAACGGACUUGCGGGGGCUAUCACUUACCCACAUAUUUCUGCCUCCUUGACGAGAAGUGCUAGUCGACUCAGCACGCCGACGACACUCGGGGUUAUCACCAGCACCAGCACCAGCGCGUCCCGGACCCGGACGUCGUCUUCAACCUUGACGGAGUCUUUAGCCUCGACGGAAUCCUCAGCAUCGACGACGGAGUCCUCAACCUCUACCGAGAGCACAACCGGGACAACCGUCACAUCGACCAGUACCACGACGGCCUCCUCUACCACCGCAUCGACAGAACCUUCUACAACACCCCAGGCACCACCAGGUAAAACCCCUACGAAAGCGCGUACGGGCGCAAUCGUUGGCGGAACACUAGGCGGUAUUGCCGCCUUGGCCCUCAUCGGCGCCCUCAUCUUCUACUUCCUCCGCCGCCGGCGCAACGCCAACUCGCGCGCCGGUCCCGGUCGCCCAGGAAUCAACGGCAAAUACAUCAGCUCUCCGACCCCCGGACCCAACAGUGGCUUCGCGGCCGUAAGCCAAGAUCCCGACGCCUACGAGACCGGGCCAGCUCCCGGCUAUCUGCCCCCCGUUGCCCAAACCGCCAAUGGAAAUGGUUAUUUCUCCAACGACCUGACCGCCGGCGGUCCCUCACCUUACGCGUACACUGGCGCGGCGGGCGUCGCUGGCGCGACUGCAGCACCACAACCGACGGCUUCCCCCACCCCGCCGGGGCAUACGAGACAGAAUUCAUACCCGCCGGCAGAAGGAUAUCAUUACCCAGGCCAGUUCCCGGCUGCGUACGCUGGCGGAGCUGCGGCGCGCAAGAGCAAGCUUGAGCCGGACCAGGUGCCGUUGACGAGGGAGAUUGAUGCUUUUUCGCAGAACUUUAAUGCGGCGCUGGGAAGGGUUAAUGAGGAGGGGAGUAGCGAGUUGGAAAGGGAUGAUGGAGAUGCCGGUGGUGGUGGUGGUGGUGGUGGUGAUGGUGGUGGAAGUCAUGUCCGGAGUGGAUCGUCAAGGCCGCUGUGGCAGCAGAAUCGCAGGCAGAGUCGGAACUUGAUGUGGAUGUAGGAUUGAGUGUUGAGUUUUGCUGUUUGUCUGUUUGUUUGCGCGCAGGUUUUUGUGCUGCUGCUUGGAAGGAUUAUGGCGACAUGGCGAAGGAGUUUUGUUGGUUUGAAUAAUGUGGGCGAUGGCUUACCAUUCUUUUUGUUUGGUUUAUUGUUGCCUUUGGUCUACCUGGUUCUAAUACAUAGAGGUGACGGAGUUUACUGGUGUGGCUUUUGGCGAAGUUAAUGACGAGAUGAAGGUUGCGGGUUGGAUGUAUUGGUGUUGGUAGGCUUUCGGUGGAUAUCAGGAGUUAGCUCCUUUAAUCAGCAACGCCGUAGACUAAGUGUACAAAAAGGAGUGUACGAGACGAUGAACACAUAC